AUGCAAGCCCACGACCAGCUCGCUGCCCCCAAGGCCGGCUCUCGCCCCUCGACGCCGAGCGGCGGCCACCGCCUCUCGCGCCCCGGCACGCCCGCUCGUGGCUCGCGCGCAGGGACGCCCAGUCGCAUUCAGGCCGACCCCUCGGCGGGCUACAUGACCAAGGCCGGCAUGCCCAACAACCUCGGCUACAGCGACCCGCGCAUCCAGGACCGCGCGAGCGACAUGAUCGGCCAACAGGGAACAGAACCCGUCAAGGACGGCCCGUCCCCCGACGAGGUCAAGAAGGCGCGCGAGCUCGCCGAGCUCCUCGAGAGCAACAAGAGAAAGUGA